UCGUACACAGGAUAUGAGUACAAAAAAACCUAAUUUGCCAUCAAAGGGGACUACAAAGGCUCCAGGAAAACAAGUAAAUGAAGCAAAGAAAGCAGCACCAAGUCAAAGGAGCAGCAAGAAAAACAGCUCAAGCCAGAAGGUUCCUACGAAGCAAAAAGCAGAAAAAAAGGCUGCAUCCAAGAAAGAAGUAAGCCUUGAAGAUAAGGCAGCACUCGUAAUUCAGUGUGCAUUUCGGCAACAUCUGGCUCGAAAGGAACUGGCAAACAGGAGAAAAAAGAAGCAGGAAUACAAGGAGAUAAUGGACCGUCUCCAGAAAGAGGCCUUUGUUGAGAUGGUGCGUAGAGAGCAGCAGCUGGCUGAACAAGAACGACGAAAACUGGAAGAAGAGAGAAAAAAGAAAUUAGAAGAAGAAAAGAGAAAUAAACGAUUUUUGGACGCUGCCUUUGAAGGUGAAGUUGGAGAGAUCUUGGCCAUCCUGAAAGAAGUCGCAGAGCUGGACCUGAAAAAUGGCACCUUAUCAGAUGACACUCGAAUGCUCCAGAGACUCCGUAACCGACUAAAUAUAAUUAAUUGUGCUGAUGCCAAUGGAAACACUCCCCUUUCAGAGGCAGCAGCUGGUGGACACCCGGAAGCCAUUACACUCUUGAUUGAAAAUGGAGCUGACAUAAACACCAAGGGUGCUUUUGGAAGAACCCCCUUAUACAGAGCUGCAUUUGGUGGUCAUCUAAGAGCAGUACAAACCCUCCUGCAGUUUGGGGCUGACCCCAGGAUCUACGCGAAUGAUGCCAGCACUCCUGAACAGGUUUCAUCAUUUGACAGUGUGGUUAAAACUUUGCGGGAUUGGGACAUAAGUAUUACGGAAUCAAUGCUGGAAAAGAUGGAAGCAGAGAAGCAAAGAAGAGAGGCUGAAGAACGGAAACAGAAGAAGGCUGCAACAGACCGGAUAAAAACUGACAUUGAACGACUGUCUAAAGAAUAUGACCGCUACCAGAAGGAGUUCCAGAAGGCAUAUUGUGAACUGAAUAAGAGGAUCUAUGAACAUGACAAAUGUGAGCUCGAGAACAAAGGGAAAACGAAAAUAACUCUGCAGGCUAUUCAAGAUGCAGAAGCACAGAUGGAGAAAUGCAGGGUGACGCUGCAGCGAGCAGAAGAGCAACUUUCCCUUGCAAGGCUGGAUUUGAGAGAAGAAACAGGCUCUUCAUCUAAUAUCACUGGUAUUACAUGCGCCUUACAGGAAUUAGAUGACGUGCUUUUCAAGGAUGUGGGAAACAAACUUGAACAAGAUGGCAGGUGGCCUCUAAUAAUCGAUCCUUUUGGUCAAGCAGCUACCUUCCUAAGAUAUCGAGAUACCAACUAUUUAGAUGCUCUCAACCCUAAAGAAAUGCAGCCUGAUGUCCUCAGAUUGGCUCUGCUUGGUGCCAUCAGGUUUGGCAAACCCCUGGUCAUCAACAUGAUGGAUGUCAAUGCUUUUGGGUCAGUGGAGAAUCAGUUUAACAUGAUAGAGAGUGGGCUGAUGGAGCAGCUAUUAACAAAACAAAUCCUCCAGAAUGAGAGGUACUUAUCUUUGAUCCGGCCUUCUGAUGGUCCUCUCUAUUUGAAAACAGAGUUCAGGGCAGCAAGGACAGACAAAUUCAAGCUUUUCUUUGUGACAAAACUCAAAACUCUUCAAGAGACUCUGACUGCUCUCUGUCCCAUUGAGGUUGUCAAUUCCAGAAAAACAUAA